UUUCCCUAACCUUUCGUGCAAUGUUAUUAAACGCCCUAUCCAAAAAUAUUAAAGGAUCCUUGUAUAUCGUAUUUACAAUAAUACCGGUAAGUAGUCGACUCUGAAAGCAAGAAUUUAAAGUUUGCCAGAUUAGGGCACGAGAUUUGGGACCGUUGUUACUAGAAGGACUGUUAGUAGCGGUAUCACUUAUUCCACAACCCCCUUUUUUCCGGAAACCUUUUUUAAUUGUUGAAGUAACCUAACCAGAUAAAAUUUCAAAAUUCCUAGAUUACUUUCUAAAGUACCUACUGGUGUUCUCUAGGCGAUUGUCUAAAUGAAUUCUAUUAUUGAUUGCAUUUUGUAUCAAUGAAAUAUUUGUCCUUAAUAUCGAAAUAUGUCUCAACAUUUCCGGUUUAUUUUUUAAUAAUGCAACAGCUUUUCGGGUCAGCUUAACUAUUUCACUACUAAGAAUUGCAACGGAUGUAGACUCCAUUAUCACUACUUACAGGAAUUGUCUAUCUAAAGAACUAUUGUUUUCUCGGAAAAAAGAUAUGUGAGUACUGAUAUCCUUGUCAUAGACACCUCGCGUACGUACAAUCGACACUGUUGAUGGUGUAUUGCGCUCGCACGACGUGCUAUACUAGCCGCGGGGGGAUUUGAAGAUGCAAGUAAUGUUGGUAUCGUCACCCUCACCUUAUAUAGACCAGGUGUUCAGGGUCAAAUAUGCGCAAGAGUUCAUGCCGCUGCACCUGGUUUAUCCCAGAAUCAUACGAUCUAACUUUCUCACUCAUUAACGCAAUCUCUCCUUAGUUUUCCGCAAACCAUUACAACAAUUUUACAAUAUAUACUGAAAAUUUUCCCCACUAAUUACUAGUUAGCAUCGAGCUAUUAUAAUGGCAUCACUAACUAAAAAACUAACGAAAAAGUUAAACCGCGCGCCCAAAGCCCCUAAAGUUCCCAAAGUGCAAAUUCUACAGUCGAUGCUAAUAAAAGCACCGACUACGUCGUCGACGAAGACGUGCACCACCACCGAAAAACCGCCGCCAAAGCCAUCUGGGGUGUUAACCCAGAUGGAUCCGGUUCCGCCGCCCCAGGGAUUACCACUCUUGGACGAUAAUCUGAGUGUAAUAACAAUACACUCAGAUAAUUCGACAUUUGCAACCGGGAAUAUGGGCGAAAAUUUCGAGCUGGAUAUGCUUCUGGCUCAGUUGGAAGGGGAUCCGGCGGCAGAUUUUCUUUUCGAGCCAGCUCGCAUAGUACCGACGCCCACCUUGAGCGCCGAGGCCAUGCGGUCGCCUAUACCGCCACCACAGCUACCACCACUACAGCUACAUCUUCCACCGCCGCCACCACCACCCCUACCAGCAGCAACACCGGCUCCUGCUCCUCCUACACCGGCAGAAUCCGGCCGUGAAGCGGGAAAAAAACGAUCUCACAGCCAUGACCACGCCUCUUCGACGAGCGGAAUCAAAAAAAGGGGGAAAAAUUUGGGGGAUAUGAUGCAUAUGGUCGACCUGGAGGAGGGGUACCGCCCCGAAAGACCAUCACCGCCACAACCACUUCAGUCGUCACAACAAGAGGGGGGGUCGCUUCAACCAAAGACCCCCAGGGAGCUAGCCCUAACCACCUACAGCAGCUUAAAGCAAAUGGAGCCGGUGUACCGGGCCAAGCUGCUGGAGGCGCGAGUGAAGACGGCUGAGUUGGAGCGGCAGCUAGAGGCGGCAAAGGCGGACGAAAAGCGUCUGGAAAAGGAUGAGGUGUACAUAGGGGAGUUUUUGAAAUUUCUUAAAUGCAGAAAAUAGGUGUUUCUGUUUUGUAUAUAUAGAUUGAAGUAGGUAAUAAAUAGUAAAUAGGUUUUUUUUGUAUAUAUCUAGAUUUAAGUAAUAAAUAGCAAAUACACAUAAACUCUUCUUUUUUUACUU